CACUAUUCACAAUUUCCUCUUUUUCGUAGGAGAUAAGACAUGGAAGGCGGUCACUGGCUAGGAUGUGCUGAGAAUUGAGUAACCAUAAUUUACGGAGUAAAUUAUUGUUGGAAGAUGGCAAAGAAAGAAGAGGUGGUCUGUGUGACGGGAGGCAGCGGCUACAUUGGGUCUUGGUUGGUCCGUCUUCUGCUUGACCGCGGCUACACCGUCCACGCCACCGUCAAAGAUCUCAAGGAUGAGAAAGAGACGAAGCAUCUAGAAGCAUUGGAAGGCGCUGAAUCCCGUCUCCGGCUGUUUGAAAUCGAUCUCCUUAACUACGACUCUAUUGUCUCCGCUGUCACCGGCACAACCGGCGUUUUCCAUCUCGCUUCUCCCUGCAUCGUCGAAAAAGUUGACGACCCCGAGAAUGAGCUAUUGGCACCGGCGAUAAACGGCACCAUUAAUGUGCUGACGGCAGCGAAAGAGCUAGGAGUUCGGCGUGUGGUGGUCACCUCGUCUAUAUCCGCAAUUAUCCCCAGCCCUAAUUGGCCUGCGGACAAGGUCAAGAAUGAGGAAUGCUGGGCAGACGAAGAAUACUGCAAACAGAAAGGGGUAUGGUAUCCACUUUCUAAAACACUGGCUGAAAAAGCUGCAUGGAAAUUUGCCAAGGAGAAAGGAUUGGAUAUUGUAGUGGUCAAUCCUGGAACUGUAAUGGGCCCUAUUCUGCCCCCAGCUCUGAAUGCAAGCAUGUUGAUGAUUCUGCGCCUUCUUCAGGGCUGCACAAAUACAUAUGAGGAUGUAUUUAUGGGGUCAGUCCAUGUCAAAGAUGUGGCCCUAGCACACAUCCUAGUCUACGAGAACUCCUCUUCAACGGGAAGGCAUUUAUGUCUUGAAGCCAUAUCUCGUUAUGGUGAUUUUGCUGCUAUGGUUGCUGAACUUUACCCAGAAUAUAAAGUGCCCAGGUUGCCCAAGGAUACUCAACCUGGACUGUUGAGAGCCAAGGAUGGGGCUAAGAAGCUAAUGGACUUGGGUCUUCAGUUCAUUCCCAUGGAGCAAAUUAUCAGGGAUGCUGUGGAGAGCUUGAAGGGCAAAGGAUUUAUUUCUUAAGUGUCUGAUGUAUUGUAAUUUUUUUUUUUUUUUUUAAAAAGUACCAUUCUCCAAUUGAAUGGGCUGUUACCUCUAUUCUGGCACUUAAAAACAUAUGCGCUGUGUUGUGACAGUUGAAUUAGUAUAUGUAUAUCACGUACGCGAGUGCAUUAUAACAUCAAAAACUGUUGCCAGUGCCUUGAA